UAUGAGAAUAUUGUGAAAGGAGAAAUCGAAAUUACCCGCCAUGGAAAACGAGAGAUGGCAUAUCGAAUCGUAUGCAAUGAUAUAGAUGGUCGAAGAGGCAUCCGGGAGACUCGGUGUCGGCCAUAGUAGAAAUGGCGGGUGUUAGCUUACGUGAAUGACGGCGAUCGUGCUCAAGAUUAUUAUCGAAAAGCAAGUGUUCUGUGUGUGUUUUGCGACACGGGAACGAUACCUUAGUAUCAUAUGAUUCAUCUGGAAGGUAAAGAUGCAGAAUGUAGCACAAGGAACAACCUCGGAUAGUCAGAAGCACGAGAAAUCAGCAAGCGUUCACCACGACAUUGGAAAGACGUCGUCGACUCCCCAGUCUUCGAAUUCCAGCCCUACCAAGUCAGAGACGGAAACCUUCUCCGAAUUGCAGCCGCGCUUUAUGGCAGACUCGUCGGAGAGCGAAGAGGACAGUGUUUCAGAGGUAAACCGAGUCAAAAAAACAUGCCACAUCGUGAAUAAGGUGGAGUGUUUUGCAAUUGAUCAGGUUGAAUUAGACGAAGGUCAUCAUUUAGAAUCGUCCAAGCUUCUGUUAACUUCUGAAGAUCCAGAGAGAUCUGUGGAUCCUGAAACUCAGGCUCGAUUAGAAUCGUUGCUGGAAGUAGCUGGUAUUGGCAAGUUGUCAUCAGGCGAUGGGAAGCACUUGCCUGAUCACGAAGUGCUCCGUCGCAUAACAUCUAGUGUUUCUUGUGCAUUAGAUGAAGCAGCAGCUGCAUUGACUCGUAUGCGCAGCGAUAAUCCACGCACACAAAACGAAAAGCGCUCUCUUGUAGAGGCGUGUACUGACGGAGACGUAGGUACAGUUAGAAAAUUAUUAACAGAAGGACGCAGUGUUCACGAGACUACAGAGGAGGGAGAGAGUUUGCUCUCUCUCGCCUGUUCAGCUGGAUAUUACGAACUUGCUCAGGUACUUUUGGCAAUGAGUGCAAACGUGGAGGAUCGUGGCAUAAAGGGGGAUUGUACCCCUUUAAUGGAGGCUGCCAGUGCAGGGCAUGUAGAUGUUGUAAGCUUGCUUAUUGCGCAUGGAGCUGAUGUUAAUGCUCAAUCUACUUCAGGUAAUACACCUCUUAUGUAUGGCUGUGCGGGUGGUCACGAAGAGGUAGUGCGAGUAUUAUUAGAAGCAGGUGCCAAUGUUGAAGAUCAUAAUGAAAACGGUCAUACACCUUUAAUGGAAGCAGCUAGUGCUGGACAUGUUCCAGUAGCUAAGAUCUUGCUAGAACAUGGCGCUGGAAUUAAUACUCAUUCCAAUGAAUUUAAAGAAUCCGCGCUAACACUAGCCUGUUACAAAGGUCAUUUGGAAAUGGUUCGCUUCUUAUUAGAAGCUGGCGCAGAUCAGGAGCACAAAACUGAUGAAAUGCACACUGCCCUUAUGGAAGCAUCGAUGGAUGGUCAUGUAGAAGUAGCUCGUUUACUCUUAGAUUCGGGUGCCCAGGUGAAUAUGCCAACAGACAGUUUUGAAUCUCCAUUAACUUUGGCUGCUUGUGGAGGUCACGUUGAUCUGGCUAUGCUCCUGAUUGAACGAGGAGCUAAUAUCGAAGAAGUAAAUGAUGAAGGUUACACUCCAUUAAUGGAAGCAGCACGUGAAGGUCACGAAGAAAUGGUUGCUUUACUUUUGAGUCAAGGGGCGAACAUCAAUGCUCAAACUGAAGAAACACAAGAAACAGCACUUACCUUAGCCUGUUGCGGUGGCUUUCUAGAAGUUGCUGAUUUUCUAAUUAAAGCAGGAGCUGAUAUUGAAUUAGGUGCCUCUACUCCUCUAAUGGAAGCUGCACAGGAAGGUCAUUUAGAACUCGUUCGUUACUUACUUGAAUCUGCGGCAGAUGUCCACGCUCAAACUCAAACAGGAGAUACUGCAUUAACGUAUGCUUGUGAAAAUGGUCAUACCGAUGUUGCGGAUCUCUUACUUCAGUUUGGUGCUGAUCUGGAGCAUGAAUCAGAGGGAGGAAGAACACCGUUGAUGAAGGCAUGUAGAGCCGGCCAUCUCUGUACAGUUCAGUUUCUUAUAACGAAACGUGCAGACGUUAAUAGGCAAACAACGAAUAACGAUCACACUCCCCUCUCGCUAGCUUGCGCUGGUGGACAUCUUGCAGUUGUAGAACUUUUACUUGCUCAGUCUGCUAAUCCGUUUCAUAAACUGAAGGAUAAUUCUACGAUGUUGAUAGAAGCUGCAAAGGGUGGGCAUACUAGUGUAGUUCAACUUCUAUUGGAUUACCCUCACAGUAUUAUGAUGAGUACACCGCAUAAUGCAACACCUACACCUAUGUUGCUCCCACAACAACAGCAGCAGCAGCAACAGCAGCAGCAGCAGCAGCAGCAACAAUCACAUCAACAACAACAACAACAUAUUACACAUCAACAGCAUGUGCCCCAUCAACAACAUGCAUCUACGCAGCCACAGUCACACCAACAACAGCAGCAACAUGCUGCCGAUCAACCACAAUCGCAAAAUCUUCAACCUAAACACAAUACACAAAAAUCGUUACUAAGAAAAAACCGAUCCGUAACGAUGAUGCCAGACACAAGUCUUACUUCCGCUGAGGCGCAACAAGUUCGUUCUCAGCCCGCAGGAGAAUCAAUUGUAACCACUAAAGAUGAUACCAAUAUUCUGGAUAAGGGUAGUGGAGGAUUUACCAACCUUUCAGAACCUAACAUCAGCCUCAGCCCUGCUCCAGCGCCAACACCAGGAUUAAAUGUUACGGAUAGCCGAAAGAACACUCGACAAGAGCAAAUCCUACAUAAGCAACAAAUUUUUGAAGAAUUACAAAGGGUAGAGAGAGAACUUCAAAUUAAAGGUCCAGGACAUUGGUUCUGUAGUGCAAAGAAUCCUGUUGUAACUCAACAACAGCAACAGCAGCAAGAAGAUUCUAGUGAUCCAGAUACAUUAUCAUCAGGUUUAGUUUGCAGUACAAGUGGCAUGCCCGGAAAUUCAUUAAGUCAUCAAGGCACCAGCCAAGCAAUGUCACUGUAUAAUGCAUUUCUUAGAGGAAAACGAAUUGCACAAGAAGCUCAGUUAUCCUUAGCUCCAACCAUAUCGGAAACUUUUCCCACGACAAACGCUUUCCCUACAUCUCCUCCUCUUUCUCUUGCGACGAUACCUGUUACAUCGUCCGUUCCAUUGGUUACUUCAAAUACAUCUUCAACAACUACGCCAAGUCCUCCAAGUAUAUCCACCCCUCCCACUGUUAUGGCAGUUUCCCAACCCAUUACCGCGAGUAGUGAUGUUAGCCAGAAUACUGCUAUAAGUGAUCGCCCAAAAGCAAAACCUGUCUCUAAAAAAGAAGGUAAAAAUAUCCGGAAAGCUUCGUCCAGUGUAAUGGCCGGGAAGUUGCAGCAACAACAACAACAACAACAACAAGCUAACUUGAUGGCUGGUCUUCAACAGCAAUACCAGCAAAAACAACGACAACACACUUAUCAAGUCCAACAGGUACACCAGCUGCAACAGCUGAACCAACAAUUGCAGUUACAAUUGGAUCAAGUACAGGUACAGCAACAACAACCACAACAGCAAGCUCAGCAGCAGCAGCAACAACAACAUCAACAACAGCAAUCACAAUCACAGCAACAAACUGGAGUAGUAACUGCUAAUGGAAAUAAUAUACUUAUGCCUACUCAAUUAAUGUCACAUCUUCAUCCAACGCACUCCCAUCAUCUUCAUGAUCAGCAAACAACUCAACAAAAUCUAACGGAGCAGGCAGAUCCUGACUUAGCAAGAUUACAUCGAGAUGGAGCUUGUCCCUUUGUUGCUGCGGCUCAAAAAGCAAAGGCUCUUUGUACAAGUGAAAGUGUUAUAAAAUUAGAAGAUGGCACGCAUAUUCCUUUGGAUGAUGCUUUUGAAAUUUUUCGAUCUAUUAGUUUUGACGAUACUGUCGAUGUUGCAACAGAAGAUCAAGAAAAGCUUGAAUUGAAAAGAUUAGAAGUGACAAAUGGUAAGGAUUCUCAACAGCAGCAGCAACAACAACAACAACAACAACAGCAACAGCAGCAGCAGCAGCAACAUUUGCAAACAACGCAAAUAGUUCAACAAACAACCAGCCCUUAUACUUCUCAAGAGUAUUUUACCAAUCCUGUGUUACCAACUUUGCCUUCGCUACAAGUAACUAGUGCUGGUGUUCAAAUACAAUCUGAUAUAUCAGCAGGUUUGCAGUUAACUGGUCCACAAUCCCUACAGAGUCAAGCAUAUAAAGACGGGUUUUUGGAAGGUUUUCGAACCCAUUUUCAACCACAAUUGUUACUGCAAUCCUCCCAGAUAACAUUUCCAACACAAGCUUUGCCAACUGUAAGCGAAGCAACAGGAAUAAUAGAUAGUAUAUCCCAUCAAACAAAUGGUUAUGCUCAAUCAACAACCUGUAGUACUAAUCAGGUUCAAGUAGCUACUCAAACCCAAGCGCCAGCAACAACAACUGCUGCAACCAUUGUUGCUUCAGAUAAAAAACAAGUUUAUACAGCUCCAACGACUGGUAAAGGAAAAAAGGGACGAUAUCCACUUCUGUCACAACAACCAUCAUGUCAACAACAACAACAACAACAAACUGCCAAUACCCAACAGCAAACUCCCAAUUUUCCCAGUCAAAAUUAUCAAUUGGACCCAACAACAGUUGCUGGUCAAUACACAACAGGUGUUCCAACAGUUGGUGGUUAUACUACUAGUCAAGUACCGCCUGCAUCAUUUUCUUGUAUGGACGUGGAUUCCGAAACUGACAGUAAUCACGAUACAGCUUUGACAUUGGCAUGUGCUGGUGGUCAUGAAGAACUCGUUGAACUUUUGUUAAGUCGCGGUGCAGACAUAGAACAUAGAGAUAAAAAGGGAUUUACUCCCCUUAUAUUGGCAGCAACAGCAGGUCACCAAAAAGUGGUAGAAAUUCUUUUGAAUCAUGGAGCUGAUAUAGAAGCUCAAUCUGAGCGCACCAAGGAUACACCUUUGUCUCUUGCCUGCAGCGGUGGUAGAUACGAAGUGGUAGAGCUUCUCCUUAAUCGGGGUGCUAAUAAGGAACACCGUAAUGUUUCUGAUUACACACCUUUGAGCCUUGCAGCAUCUGGUGGAUACGUUAAUAUAAUAAAGCUUCUUCUUAGUCAUGGUGCUGAAAUUAAUUCCCGGACUGGGUCAAAAUUAGGUAUUUCUCCACUCAUGCUUGCAGCCAUGAAUGGUCAUGUUGCGGCGGUUAAGCUGUUAUUAGACAUGGGCAGUGAUAUAAAUGCUCAAAUAGAGACGAAUCGUAAUACGGCGCUAACUUUGGCAUGUUUUCAAGGAAGACAUGAGGUCGUUAGUCUUCUUCUCGAUCGAAAAGCUAACGUAGAACAUCGAGCUAAGACCGGCUUAACACCGUUAAUGGAAGCGGCUAGUGGAGGAUACGUAGAAGUUGGACGUGUUUUACUUACUAAGGGAGCAGAUGUUAAUGCUACUCCCGUCCCAUCAUCUCGCGACACUGCCCUUACCAUCGCUGCUGACAAAGGACACUGCCGUUUUGUAGAAUUAUUAUUGUCAAGAGGGACGCAAGUGGAGGUGAAGAACAAAAAAGGAAAUAGUCCAUUAUGGUUAGCGGCAAAUGGAGGGCAUUUGAAUGUUGUUGAUUUAUUGUAUCAUGCCGGAGCAGAUAUUGAUUCGCAAGACAAUCGAAAGGUUUCUUGUUUGAUGGCCGCUUUUCGUAAAGGACAUAUUAAAGUUGUUAAGUGGAUGGUAAAUCAUGUUACUCAAUUUCCAAGUGAUCAAGAAAUGACGAGGUAUAUAGCUACUGUCAGUGACAAGGAACUCUUAGAAAAAUGUCAGGAAUGUGUGAAAGUUAUACGUGCGGCAAAGGAAACUCAAGCAGCAAAAGCAAAUAAAAAUGCAACGAUACUAUUGGAAGAACUUGAUAUGGAAAAGACGAGGGAAGAGUCGAAAAAAGCCGCGGCUGCACGCAGGAGAGAGCGAAAGAAAAAAAAGAAACUUGAGAAAAAAGAGGAGAAACGAAAAUUACAUGAAGAAUAUAAGAAAAAUGAAACAAAUUAUGAAGAUAAAGAGGAAAAUGGGAAGAAAUCCGGAGACGAGGAAUGCGAUAGAGCAGAUGAUAGUGAACACGAAACUGGAGACAGUUGUGAAAGAAUGGACAGUAUGCCAUCACCGGUUAACAGAAGUCCGGAAGAUCCUUACAGAGAGGAAGGCGAUAGCGGAAUUGAUGCGAAUAGUCAAGGCAGUUGUAGUAGUAAUGACGUCAAAGCUAGAGAGAAAAAGAAGGAGAAAAAGAAAAAGAAAGCUAAUAGUCCAAACAACAAUGAAAAAGACACGUCUCCCCAAAGAUCUCCAAAGUCUGUUGUCACGCAAGGCACUACUUUGUCACAAAAUUCUAUUACACCGACAAAAUCUCAGAACAAUACGACCGAAAAGAGAAUUAUGACCAAUGUUUCUAAUACAGUAUCCGUAUCCACAACCUCUGCUACAAUGAGUUCUAGAUCUUCGGCUGUGAAUUGUGGUGAACGUAAAUUGAAAGGUCAACUGGUAUUUGAAUCAUCGAGGCAUCCUGCUGAUAGAGAAGACUUUGAAGCAACUGGCAACGAAACAUAUAUGCCUGGUAAAGGCAAGAAAACUUACAAUAAUCAGUAUGAUGGCGACGCAUUGAAUACUUCUACGAAGUCAAACAACACAACCAGUCCUAAGCAAGCAGGCAAACGUGAAGAAGGCUGGAAAGAAGUUGUACGAAAGGGACAGUCGGAUGAUUCUGGGAGAUUUAUGAAUUCACCAUUCCGUUCAAAGAAAGUAUCUGUUCCACCAAAUGCUAUUAGUCGAGUUAUCGGAAGAGGGGGAAGUAAUAUAAAUGCUAUUAGAGGUGCAACAGGAGCGCAUAUCGAAGUUGAAAAACAAAGCAAAUGCCAGGGCGAACGAAUUAUUACUAUUAAAGGAUCGUCCGAUGCGACAAAACAGGCUCAUACAUUAAUCGCUGCUCUUAUUAAAGAUCCAGAUGUUGAUAUAUUGCAAAUGCUUCCAAAAUCGAAACUCACAGUUGUUACUACUUCCUCUUGGGAUAAAACCGUAUCUACUGUAGCUUCGAGCAAAGCAAAGUUGGGUCCUGUAAAUAAACCUCAAAGUCUAACGUCUAGUUCCAGUAGUACGCAAAUUAAUAAAUCUAGUUACACAUCCGGAGUUUCUACCGUUAAUCAGUUGAUCCCACUUCGAUCGUCGUCAACCAUUAAACUCGCUGGACCAUUUCCAACGCCUUUGCCACGCGCAACAGCACCCAGACUUGUGGCUGCGGCUGAAAAACGAGCUCAAGCUGUGGCAGCCCAGAUGGCUUCGUCAUCAAACACGAAGACAACAAUGUCAUAUACGAGCGCAAUUAUGACCGCUGGACGAGCAACAAAAAUUGUAACGACAAGUACUACGCAAACGUUUGCAGCGAAGUUAUCCGAAAUCACUGCCUCAACGCAUACAUCUACUACCGUCAUGCAGUCUACUCAUACUACGGUAAACAAGCAAAAAUCGUUGCAAGCAAAUUCGGUGACUGUUGUAUCAGCUACAGCUGCGGCAAUGGCUCAGAGUUCGUCUCAACAGUCUGCAGUCAAUACAUCGCCAAAACACUGCCGACCACUGCCUACUUUGUCUGCUCCACCAACUAUGGUCUCCCAUUAUUCCGGAAAGUCUACUUACUCUCCCGGCUCGAACGUGGCAGUAUCACCGGCAACAAGCACUGUGGUUGCAUACUGCUCGGAAAGUACCGUCACUUCGACUUGUUCGAACUCCUCGAUACGAGUCAGUCCGUCACCCCCGAUAUCAUCGCAAUGUCAACAACAGUUGCAACAGCAGCAACAGCAAGCACGUAGUCCACCACCUAUUGCAUCGGCAAUUCAAGAGCAACAGCAGCAGCAGCAGCAACAACAGCAAACGAAUAAUACACCUCUUGAAUAUUCCCUAUUCAAUGACACGUUUACGAAAGUUACACAACAAUCCAUGUGGGGUAGUCGAGAAAAUGAAUCUCAGAAGGGUAUGAAUUUCGCCACUGUAGCUGGUGGUGGUGGAGUGUCCGUUAACAUUUCGGGUUCAUCCUCGUCUAAAUUCAUCGACAGCAUACCCCCUCAGGUGGAUGCUUCAAAAGCUCCUGGAUAUCGAGGGACAGCUAUGUGCUCUCCCGUUUCAAGUAAAUCAAACAAUACAACUAAUACGAGCGCGACUAGCAUAGGAAGCGGAGGUGUAUCAUCGAAUACCGGCCAUAAUCCUAUUCAACCACCGCAAUUUCAGUCAUCCGGAAAUUACAAUGAACAUCCUCUUUCAAGCAAACCACCAGGUAGUUUGGCUGUAGCACGGCCGGUAAUUCCUCAGCAAAAUAUAGAAAUGGGAGCAGCUAUGGGAGCUCAGUUUAGUAGACCAGUGUUUCAAGGGGAAUUGACAGGAACUCGCAAUGCGACAACCCAUCAACCACACGUGAUUGCCUCUACAUCACAACCGACGUUGGACGUAGGUUUGUUUAAAGGAAACAACAUUGGCUAUGAGCAUCCAAACGUGAAUUCAAGUUUAUUAAAGAUGGUACCAAACGAAGGGCAAGGUCAUCCGCUUUUACCUUUCCACCCGCAUAUGCAGAAUUUCGCACAAACAAUAGCGCCAUCUGCUUCGGUGAACACUACAGUCAGUAUGUCCAGAUUAAACCCCAGAGCGCCUGACUUUUCUAGCUCGUUACAUUUGAAUAGCAAACCUCAAGUGACAAUGUUUAACGCGGGUUCGGCGGCAGCGGGAAUGCAUCCAAACAUGUUCGCCACUGUACCGCCGCCUCCUCCGUCCGCGAUCCAGUCUAAUAACUUGGCAAUGCUUGGAAAUUUUCCUUUAGGAAAAUAUCAGGCACCAUCUCGAGCCACUCCCGGCAAUACCGGAAUCUCGACUAACGGACAAACUCGUUGGCCGUUUGCUCCACCGCACAAUAAUUACCCGCCCCAUCAAGAUCCAAUGAUAGGCCAAAUUGGUUUCUCCAAUCAUUUGGCAAAUUUAUCCGCACAACCUGGAAGCAUUGAUUUGAUUACAAGCCUAGAGAAUGGCGGUUCACCGGCUAUAUCACCUUCUUCGCCGGCACAGGUAGCUCAAGAAAUGAAUCAGCUUAAGAUCGAGGAUCGUAAAGUACCACGACCUAUCGGUACGGAAAGAGCCUGGAAAAAUUACGCAACGGCAGGGAUGGGACCUGGUGGUGAUGCAGAUUCUAUUAAUUGGAUGUUGAACAAUGAAAAGCUUGUUGGAUCUUGGGCGAGUUUGGCUCCGGGCAUAGACAGACACCAAAUGUUCCGAUCUAACGCUACUUAUAAUCGUAUAUCCAACGUCGAUGCCGAACUUCAUCACAUGAUGGAAUCUUCAUUCCAGGGUCACGUUGAUACUCAGCAGCAGCCAUUUCCCAAUGGAAGCGCGACCACUCUAUCUCUGAUGCCAGGAUUAACCCUAUUGCCAGGACAGUUUGGUACGCCUACAUUGACAGAAAUUCCUCCGAAUGAAGCAAACAAAAUGGAUCCACCAGCAUGGGGAAUACCUGAUACUGUUCAAGACAAGCAACAUCCGGCAUGGAAUAAAUGGACUCAUUAAAAAGAAAAAAAACAGAAAGAGGGAGAAAUUCUUACCUGGAUGAAAUGAAAUAAAACCUGGAAUUCGAAGUAGUAAAUAGAUGUAACUGGAAUACGAAGCAUUGUUUUUAGAUACUUAAAUUACAUUAUUAUCCUAAUUGUAUCCAUUGCGACACAGAUUCGAUAUUAUUUGUCAUGUUAGGUGAUAAGGCGGUAAAUCGUUACAACUUACUACUAUUUGUCUAGUAUAAUCAUGCAAUACAAGCAAUUAUCAAAUACGAUAUGGAAAUGUUAGAAAGAAAAAAGGGAAAGAUAGUCAUGUGAGAUUGAAACAGAACAAAAGAUGUUUGUUACUUGUUUCUAAUUCAUUUUUGAUCGUACUUCGACCACGCUACUUCUGUACUCCAGGAUUGUUCUGUAACCAAUUUUUUAACAUAUGAAAUAUUGAGGACAGUUUACGAAUCUUCUUCCUAUGCUGAUCGUUACCGCGGAUGGAUCACUUUGUCCAAGUUACGAGACUCAAACUUUACGAUAUUUGAUAGACAUUCGUCAUAAUAAAUUCAAAUGCGCAUACGAUAAGUACAUCAGCUUUCGCUUCACUUGUAGCAGUACAUCUCGAAUUAAAACCUUCUAUCCUUUUUCUGUUCCUUGAAUUUCGUGUAUCGAAUUAAAAGCUUCGUUUCAAGUGUCCUACAUGCGUGCGAAAAUAAAGGCUUCGAUUUGCCACAGGGAUAGCCGAAUAAUAUUAUGUUAAUUAAAUGAUACAUAUUAAUAACAAUAAUAACAUUAUUAUUGUCGUAUCAAAAUGAGUUAUUUUUAUCUCUGGUUGGGUAAUUAUAUAUUUUGGAAUCAAAGGAAACAACCGAAAUAGAAGAAACAAAAACACGAGGGAACUUGUUUCCAAUUUCUAAGCACUAUGUGGUAUAACUUUACUUUUCUCUUCUUUUUUUCCUAUUACUUUUAUUCUCUACCACUACUCUUCGCUAAAUCGCUAUAUCAUUUCUCUCUCUCUCUCUCUCUCUCUCUCUCUCUCUCUCUCUUAUCCAAUUUUCUCUUCCUUGUUAUUUUCCCUCAAAUACAACUACAUAUAUAUUUGUCAUUGAGUAUCAAAAAGGAAGAAAAAGAAUAAGCAAAAUAUCAUAUAAUAUAAUCCGCAAAACAUUGGUACGAUUGAUGGUAAUGAUCUCGUAUCAGAGGUUCUCCUGUUCUGUACACAAUUUUACACAAGACUGUCGGCACACAUACAUACGUGUAUACAUAUAAUAGCUACAUUUCGCGUUUAGCCUCUUCGUUUUUUUUCGUUAUUAUUUUUGUUAAAGUGAAACUCGCGACCCAUUAUGCCCGUAAGCGAUCGCUGAUUAUCAAGGUCGUGCGAGAACACUUACGUUAAAAUGUAAUAAAAAGGAAUAUGGAGAGAGGGGGGAAAAUGUAAAGGAAAGAAAGAACGAUAAUAAAAUGUAUAAAUGAGAAGCGUAAAUUAAUUACUUGGGUGAAACAAUACACAACAGACAUGACGUCGCGAAAUCAAUCGUACAAUUAAGACCUUCCGUACACGUAAAAAAGGAACAUAAGACAAAAAUAAAAGGAAAAGAGACAAUGCGAACAAAAAUUGCUGAUACGAGUUAAUGUAUGCUGUAAUGAUACUACAUUAAAUAUUAUGUAUAACGAAUCUUAUUCUGAUGAAUGAAUAUCGUUGAUUACAUUAAGCAGGCAGUGGGGCCGUCGUCACGUAAAUAUAACUUUAUGCGUCCCUAGCAACAGUGCUAUUAUAAUACUAUUAUUGCUGUGGUGGUAAUAAUGUUUAUUAUUAUAUUAUGGUUAUUAUAACAUAUAACGUAACUAUAGGAAAUGGAAGGUAAAUAGUAAACGUCAUCCACUGUUUCGGCUGAAACUAGUACGAGUAAUAAGUAUUCUACUAGCUGAACACUCGAUAACACAUAAUAAGAAAUGUUCAUUUUGAUUGAACAUUUGAAAAUCUUUCUUAACGGGGAUUUCAACAAGUGUUCAAUAUACAUAGCGACGAUAUCGUAAUUGAAACGGUACCCUACAUACACAGGUGUAAGAUUUCCUACCCGUUUCGGUAAAAGCUCGUGGAAAUUGUUGCGAGAGCUUUCAGCUCGAUUAAUUCCAGGGAGCGCUUCAAUUAUUGUCUAAGAUAUAUUGUUAUAAUAAUUUAAAGCCUAUUUUCAAAUUUGAUUUAUGAUAAUUGCAAUAUACGAUACAAAAUUAUUAUAUGAUAUACAACAAUAAAGUAAAUAAACGAGUAAAAUAAAUAAAUAAAUAUAUAUAUAUAUAAAUAAAUGAAUAAACAAACGAAUAAACGAACAAAUAUAAGCAAACAAACAAAUAAUUAGAAUCAACCCUGCCUGCUGUAUAUAUUCAUUAUUCUCCAAUUGUUAAUCGAUCUGCAAUUCAAUUUUACAUGCAUUUCAUUCUUUUAACGCACUACUCGACUCUUCUCGUCUACGUUCAACCAUAUACAGUAGAAGGAAAAAUCAUUUUUUAUAAUCAAUUAUUAUAUAAUAAUAAUAAUAAUAAUAUCCUUUGAAGUCAGUCUGCUAAAACAAAAAAUUACUUGACUUUCAGAUAUUGCUAUUUUCAUUCCUCUUUUACUUAAUAUGUGAGCUUUGAUCAAACUUCGAUAUGUUCUACGUCGCGCUUUACAUAUACUUCAAUUUCCUGGUUAAAAUUUUCAUUAUUCUUUCUUAGUAAUCAAUACAAUAACAAGAAGGAGAAGAAGAAAACUAAUAAUAGUGAUAUAAUAAUAAUAAUGAUAAUAAUGAUGACGAUCAUAAUAAUUUAUAAUGAUAAUAAAUUCAAUUCAAGAUUGCUAAGGGAAUGAAAUUAUUGCAUGAAAAUUAACAAGACAUUUUGUUAUCAUAAAAAAGUGUUUAAUUUAGAAGAUAAGCUUACACGUUAAUAAUACCAAAGAAACAGAAAACUUAUAACGUUUGAAAUAUAGAGAACAUUUCUAUAACAUCCAUUAUAUUAAAUAACAAAUUAUAAAAAAAAUUCAAAGCUUUUGCACCUCUCGUUCUUUCGUACCGGCUAAACGAUGAAUAAUUUCCAGAAAAAUUGAUUAACAUUUUUUAGUUUGUAUCAAUCUGACAUAUGUAUAAACAGAAUAGAUGCAAAAACAACAAUAGUAGCAGCAAUGAUUGUAGAUGGUUUGAUUUCAUAUUUUAAUUUGAAAGGAAAAAAAGCAUGUUGCAGAAUUCAUUGUUCAGCCGAAACGAAUGUGGUUCACUAUUCUCAUCAUAUAGUAAAAAUAAUAAAUAUUUACAGGUGACACAUUUAUACAAAAAGUCAGUACGUGGAAAAAAAGAAAUUGGCAUGAUUGUCGAAUCUUUGCGAUGUUUCUCUCUGAAUCGACAGCGUGCGACGUAUUUAAACAGUAUUAUCAUAUGUAAAUGCACCACAUUUUUCUCCACAUCUGUCCUAUUAUUGUUAUACUUAUUUUUUCCUUCUUUUAAAUGGCCAAAAUCUAAAGAAAUAAAUACUAAUAAAUUAAUAAAUAUAAUUUUGAUGAUGCAUCGAAAACAAAACAAAUGAUACUAUUAACAUUAUUUACUCGAGAGAAAUACAGCGCAAUCACGCUUCUAGUCGAUUAACAGAGAGAGAGAGAAAGAGAGAGAGAGAGAGAGAGAGAGAGGAAUCAAAUUUCAAAAAGUUAUGGAAAAUUUGUAGUGUCAAUUAAAAUUAAUUUUCUAUACAUAUUUUACGUGUAUACGUACAU